AUGAACCCUUGUUGUUUUUUCUUCCUCCUCCUUCCUUGGUCUCUAAUCGAGUUGCCCCUCCUCCACGGUCAGACUGACUUCCACCCUGAUCUUCUUAUCUUUGUCACAAACUCCUUCUACACCUUCACCCUCAACCUCACCAUCUUCUUGCUAGUCGUGAAGACCACUACUCUCACUAUGAACAUUGCCAGCAUCAUCAAGGAUGGGCUCCUCAUUGCCUUCUCCCGGUCCAUCAUCCGUGACACAAUCACCCCCGUCAACCUCUUCCUCUAUGACGUCACCUUCCUCGAUGUUUCCUACUACAACAAGGGGCCUCGUGGCCUCUUCUCCCACCACAUCCAUCUGCCUCUAGGGUUUCCUUGUUCUUCAUGGUCUUCAUUCUAUCUGUGUUCUUUCUGCAAGAGUCUUCUACCAAAAAGGCUCUUCCAUGGCUUUAGAGGCGAAAGGAUCAGGAACAUAUAG